UUUCCGAAAAGGGUUCGUAUAUUUCAGAAUCAGUAUAAUUGAUUAUUUGAGUUAGAAAUGUAAUGGAUAAGCGUACAUCUGAGAUUUCUAAUUCCCUUUUACAAAAAGGAAUAUUUGGGGCAUUAGAUGUCGCAGUGAAAGAGUUGUAUUAUGUCGCUCUUCUUUCCCAUUUUAACCAGUCUGAAAUGGAUGCUUGUUCUGAUUUUUUUAAAGUUACCAAGGAAACGCUAAAUUUAUUUUCAAAUAUCGAUGAAAAUUCCACAAAUGAUGAGUGUCAGAAAGUUUUAAAUCGAAUGAGAGAACUGGGCGAAAAGGGGUUACUUGCAGGGAACAUUAUAAUGAACAAAACAAAAUCCUUUGAGCUACAUCAAGAUAUGAAAAGAUUCCGUCACCAAGUUAAAAAGCUUCUGGCAGAACCUACGAACGUGUGGUUGAAAUUAAAAUGGAUGGAAAAUAAUUAUUCUGCAGAAUCGUUAAAAUUAGAUAAAGAAUUAACGGCUCUCCAAUUGGAACUUGAAAGAUCCAGACUACUUCAGAAAAAUACUGAAGCAAGUAAGAUGGAUAAAAUAGAAGAAGGAAAAAUAAUGACAACUCUGAAUUUUCAAACUAAACAUCCUCAACUUGUCAAGGCAAAUAUAGAAGAAGAGAUCGAGUUUAUUCAAACAAUAAAUGAAGGAAAAUUGAAGCAAUUUCUGAGAGACGAAGAAGAGGCUGAAAGUAAACUUAGAGAUGCUAUAUUAGAGCACAGAAAUGAUACUCAAGCAGUUAUUGAUGAGACUCUAAAUACCAGAACAUUUUAUGAGUGGUUAAAAAAGAAAAGCGAAGAAAAGAUGGAAGAAUUAAAUGCAGAGCAAGAGGAUAUUUGGAAAGAGCUCUCAGCUGAGUUAGAAACAUGCCGCAGCCAGUGCAUAGAAUACACAGAAGUGGAUAAGUUGUAUAGUGGCAUUCUGAAAGAGAGAAAGCUCAAAGAAUAUGAAAAAAGAUUGAGAGCUGCAGUAAUUAUAGUGCAGGCAUACUGGCGCGGUUACAAAUGUAGAAAAGCAUUGAAACAGAGCUGAGCAAAAGAAGUGUUAAAUGGGCUAAAACUUAAUCAGUCUGAUAAGUAUUUAUUAAC